AUGAGGUUCUUCAAGCUUUUCCUCGCGACUCUUGCGUCGUUCAGUCUUGCUGCUCCCGAGGCGCCAAGGACCGUCUCUUCGCCCGAACUAUCGGGUGAAUUGGUUCAGCUAUUGGAGAAGCACAAUCUCGCCCUUGUUCCUCGCUCUGAACUCACGGAUGCACUCAAAGAGCUAAACACACUGCUCAAGAGCAACGCCUUUCCUCGCGCGCCCGUUCUCAUCAGACGACAAAACAGCACAACGGGCGGCGGCUCAAAAUCCGGCUCUGGCUCCAAUUCCGAUUCUGAUUCAGACGACUCUGAUUCUGAUGAUGGAGGGUCUAGAAUUGCCGCCAUUCCAGGACUUGACGGUCUUGGAGAUCUAGGGUCUGGUCUCAAGGGUUUGACAGAUGCCCUGGGCGAUGUCAAGGAUCUCUUCAAAGCUCUGGGUGAUCUGCUGUCGCCCGAGUUCCUCCAAGCCUUCCAUGAUGCCAUGGUCUAUCUCGCAGCAACUCUCAAGCCUCCUGCGCCAAACCAAGUCAGAAACCUUCUUGCCAAGGCAGGACCACUUCUGGACCUGGUCGGCGAACUCAACCUCAAAGAUCUCGUCGAUGAGAUCAAGGGUGUCAACAUUGCUGGCAUCGUGUCAAAGGUGCUCAAGCUUCUCACCGAUGACAACCUCAAGAACAUCGAGGGUCUUCUCACUAAUGGCGCCACACUCUUGACUCCUCAAUUCGUCAAAGAGACCAAGACACUCAUUGGCGACGUUUCACCUCUUCUUGAUGAGCUUUCUCCUCUCCUCAAGAAGCUUACCGAUCUCGAUAUCGCAGGCAUCCUUCAAGCUUUGGACCCUCUUCUCAAGAAAGAGGCUAUCCAGGGCAUUGUCACUCUUCUCAAGAACGCCAGCAAUCUCUUGACAGCCAAGACUGUCGAUGAGAUCCAGGAUCUUCUUGGCGAAGUCAGUCCCAUCAUCAAGGACAUCGCACCACUCUUGGAACAGCUUACCAAGCUCAACCUUGAACAAGUCCUCAAGGCGGUACAGCCACUUCUCAAGGAUGAUUCUAUCAAGGGUAUCUUGAGUCUACUCAAGAACGCCGAGAGCCUCUUGACACCCAAGUUUGUGGACCAGACUCAGGAUCUCAUUGGAGCUGCAUCGCCUUUGAUCGAUAAGCUCGGUGAUGUUGAUCUCAAGGGCGUCCUUGAUGCGCUGAGCCCCAUCCUCAAGAAGGAGGCUAUUCAAGGUCUUGUUGGUCUUUUGAACAACGCCGAGGAUUUGCUGUCCAAGGAGACUGUCAAGAGUAUCAAGACUCUCUUGUCUCAAGCAUCACCUCUCAUCGAUAAGCUUGCGGAUAUCGAUUUGAAGGGUGUACUUGAUGCCCUCAGCCCCAUCCUCAAGAAGGACGCUAUCCAGGGCCUAGUCGGGUUGCUCAACAAUGCCGAAGACCUUCUUUCCAAGGAAACCGUCAAGAACAUCAAGACGCUUCUUACUAGCGCUGGUCCUCUUAUCAAUAGCCUUGGAAAGAUUGAUCUCGCAGGUGUUCUUGACUCGCUCAGACCUCUUUUGACAAAGGAGUCUAUGAAGGGAAUUAUCGGCCUGUUGGGCAAUGCUGAGGACCUUUUGACAAAGGACUUUGUUUCAGACACCAAGAAGCUCAUCUCCAACGCCAGCCCGCUAUUGACUAGCUUGGGUAAGCUUGAUCUCAAGAGUCUGAUUGAUGCGAUUGCACCGCUCCUUACCAAGGACUCGGUCAAGGGACUGGUCAGUCUUCUUGGCAAUGCCGAGAAUUUGCUCACCAAGGAUUUCGUGUCUCAGACCAAGACUUUGAUCUCGAAGGCAUCACCUCUACUUGACAGUCUUGAUGAUGCAGACAUCAAGGGCUUGCUUGAUCAAGUUGGUCCACUUCUCAAGGAGGUUAGCAAGCUCAAGCUGGAGGACAUCCUCAGCGCAGUGCGACCUCUUUUGACGAAGAACUCCAUCAACGGCAUCAUUGGUCUUCUGAACAAUGCCGAGAAUCUCCUUACUAAGGAUUUCGUGUCCCAGACGAAGCUCUUGAUUGCCAAGGCCGCGCCUCUACUGAGCAGCUUGGACAAGGCCGAUCUCGCGAGCUUGCUUGAUCAGGUUGGCCCGCUACUGAAGCAAGUCGGCAAGUUGAAGUUGGAUGAACUCUUGAGUGCCGUCCAGCCCUUGCUCACGAAGAAUUCCAUCAACGGCAUCAUUGGUCUUUUGAACAACGCUGAGAAUCUCCUCACCAAAGACUUUGUCUCACAGACGAAGCUCUUGAUCGCCAAGGCUGCGCCUCUGCUAAACAGCUUGGACAAGGCUGAUCUAGCAAGCUUGCUCGACCAAGUCGGGCCGCUCUUGAAGCAGGUCGGCAAGCUGAAGCUGGACGAGCUACUGAGUGCUGUGCAGCCCUUGCUUACCAAGGACUCCAUCAAGGGCAUUAUCGGAUUGCUCGACAAUGCUGAGAACUUGCUUACCAAGGACUUUGUCUCUCAAACCAAGGGCCUCAUCUCCAAGGCUUCGCCACUCCUCACCAGCCUUUCCAAGCUGAACCUGGAGGAUCUCCUUGAUCAAGUUGGCCCGCUCUUGAAGAUGCUUGGUAAGCUUGAUCUUGAAGGCUUGCUGAGCGCCGUGGCACCACUCCUCACAAAGGAUUCUGUCAAGGGCAUCGUUGGACUGUUGGACAAUGCUGAAGGGUUGUUGACCAAGAAGUUCGUCAACGAGACCCAGACGCUCAUCACUGGCGCUGUUCCUUUGAUCUCAUCACUCGGUGAACUUGACCUUCCUGAUCUGAUCGAUCAAGUAUCACCUUUGCUCAAGGAGAUUGGUAAGAUCGAUCUUGCCAAGCUUGUCAAGCAACUAUCGCCAUUACUGGAUGAGAUCAGUAGCCUGGAUAUCAAGGGCUUGUUUGACGCCAUUGCACCUCUACUCUCACCAAAGGGCAUCAAGGGCAUCAUGGAGCUUCUCGGAAACGCUGAAGAUCUCCUCACGCCCAAGUUCGUCAAUCAGACACAAACACUCAUUGGCGACGCAGUUCCGCUGGUUUCAGCUCUGGGCGACAUUGAUCUCAAGAAGCUCAUCAAGCAGCUUUCGCCUCUGCUUGAAGCGCUUGGCGAGAUUGACUUUGGCGACCUCAUCAAAAAGGUGAAGCCUCUUCUGAAUGCGCUCAUGAAGAUUGAUCUCGCCAAGCUGGUUGGCAAGAUAAUGCCACUACUGGAUUCUCUGGAUGACAUUGAUCUGGCGGGAUUGAUCGAUGCGCUCAAGCCUCUGUUGACGCCCAAGUCAAUCAAGGGUAUUGUCGGGUUGGUCGAUAAUGCUGAAGAUCUUCUCACCAGCAAAUUCGUCAACCAGACACACACGCUCAUCUCGGGAGCUGUACCACUUAUUGAGGUGCUGAACAAGGUUGAUCUGGAGAGUUUGUUCGAGAUCAUUGAACCAAUCCUGGAAGAGCUAGAUGGUCUUGAUCUCUCUGGCCUUGUGGACGCGGUGAAGCCUUUGCUCAAUGCGCUCAAGAAGAUUGACAUCAAGGGCAUUAUUGACCAAGUCAUGCCGUUCCUUACACCCAAGACAGUGAAGGGAUUGUUGUCACUGGUAGGAAACGCAGAGAGCUUGCUCAGCAAGGCGUUUGUGAAUCAAGUAUCGGAACUCAUUGGAGAUGCGACACCGCUCGUUGCGACUGUUGCAGAUUUGGUUCAUGCUAUUUUGAAGGAACUCAUGGGUCGGACGUAA